GGGAGCCCGGCGGGCGGCUGCAGUCCAGCCUCGGUGUCGGCGAGGAGGGCCUGCUGCUCCCCCUAAGUUCGCCUUCUCUUCUUGGGCGGCUCCUCCAGCCAUUCCCGCACUCGCACUCGCCCCCGGACCCGGACGCCCUCCGGCUGAGGCUCGCUUCCUCAGCAAGGCAACGAGACAGGCCGUUGGGGGCCCACAAGUCCCCGAGGCCUGGUGGUGGGGUGGCAAUGUGGUCGCUACGGGUCUACACCCGCAAGAAGCGGGCCAGCCGCAGGCUCAACGUAACCCCGACGCCGGACCCCGCGCUCCCGGCGACGGCGGAGGGCCCCGCAGGGCCGGCCCUGAAAGGAAAUGACAGAGCGCGCGGUUUGCCGAAGAUCGCCGAGAAAGCGGAGCAAAGUGGGCAGGGAGGUAGCCAGUCCGGGCCGCCAAGCACUCAGUUAAGAGUUACAGGAGAGAAAAGCCUGAAUGAAAAUAACACUAGUGAAGAGACCCAGGAUGAGAAGAUUGCUCCUUUGAGUGAGUCAGUGACUGAUGGCCUCCAGGUUGACAGUAGUUCGUCAAAUAUUGACCUACUAUCAGGACUAAGUUUGCAAGAUAUUUCCAGUUCUCUUCUUAGCGAUUCAGUCAUAGACUCUCAUACAGAAUACAAGAGUUUUGAAGAGAGUUUAAGUAGCUUCCCAUCACCUGAACUCUUCAGAAGAUCAGAUUAUUUAGAUUGGGAGUGUCCUGUGUUGGAAGAACACAGGCAACGCAAGAAUUCCACUCUGCUGGACACCAGUAAAGCAGUAUCAAUAGAGAAGGCACCACAGUUUCCAAAUCUUUCUGCAAUUCUAGAUAAUACAACUUGUGAAGUUUUACUUGCUGAGAAAACUUACUCUUCGACCUCUGAAAAAACAAAGAAAAAAAACACAAAUCCCAGUACCCAAGGUGAGAAAAGCAGAGGCCCGUUAACAAGUACUCCAUCUUCACAAAAAGGUGCUUUAGUGAUUGAUUUGUCCUCAGUGCAAAAAGCGUCUUUUGAAGAGCUAUUUCCACAUGUCAGCAAUUAUGUUAAUUCAAAUGAAAUUGUUCCUGUGUCAAGUUUGCAAGAAAAUUCUUCAAAUGAGGUCCCUUCAAAUUCUUCAGAAAUAUGUUGUAUUAUUAGAGCAUCACCAGGAACUAGAAAAGUAAAAAGUAAAGGUAUUACUUUAAAAAAGAAGAAAUAUUCUCCUCCUAAAGAUAUUCCUCAAGUUACAACAAUGGGUGUUUGA